ACCAUAGUGCCAAUGCAGUACGAAACCCGGAUGUCUUGCGGGCUCGUCAAAGGUCACGCGUACUCUCUCACAGCCGUGGAAGAGACAACAUUUAAAGGGGAAAAACUACGUCUGGUAAGGCUGAGAAACCCCUGGGGGCAGGUAGAAUGGAAUGGACCUUGGAGUGACAAGUCAGAGGAGUGGAACUUUGUUAAUGAAGCAGAGAAAGUCCGCCUGCAGCACAAGAUUGCUGAGGAUGGGGAGUUCUGGAUAUCAUUUGAAGAUUUCAUGAGGUACUUCACAAAACUUGAGAUCUGUAACCUCACACCUGAUACUCUGGAAGCCGAUAAGCUCCAGACUUGGACCGUGUCAGUCAACGAAGGGCGCUGGGUGAGAGGCUGCUCCGCUGGAGGUUGCCGCAAUUAUCCAGACACAUUUUGGACCAAUCCCCAGUAUCGCUUGAAGCUCCUGGAGGAAGAUGAUGAUCCUGAGGAUGAAGAAGUUGUCUGCAGCUUCCUUGUUGCACUGAUGCAGAAAAAUAGGAGGAAAGAACGCAAGCUGGGAGCCAACCUGUACACCAUCGGCUUUGCCAUCUACGAGGUGCCCAAAGAGAUGCAUGGCACUAAGCACCACUUGCAAAAGGAUUUUUUCCUCUACAAUGCCUCCAAAGCUAGAAGUAAGACCUAUAUAAACAUGCGAGAAAUCUCUGAGCGCUUCCGGCUGCCUCCCAGUGAGUACGUCAUCAUCCCAUCAACGUAUGAACCCCACCAGGAGGGAGAAUUCAUCCUGAGGGUCUUCUCAGAGAAAAGAAGUCUUUCAGAGGAGGUUGAAAACAUGAUUGAGGCAGAGCGUCCAUCGAAGAAGAAAAAGGGCAAGCCUAUCAUCUUUGUUUCUGACAGAGCAAACAGCAAUAAGGAGCUGACAGCAGACGAAGACGCUAAAGACGGUGAAAAAACCCACGUAGAUGAGAAAAAGCGUCCUUCAGCAAAAGCUCGUGAGGGGAGUGAAGAGGAGAAACAGUUCAGGAAUAUUUUCCGACAGAUUGCAGGGGAUGACAUGGAGAUCAAUGCCGAAGAACUCAGGAAUGUUCUCAAUAAUGUCGUAAAAAAACAUAAGGACCUAAAGACAGAAGGAUUUGAACUGGAAUCCUGCCGCAGCAUGAUUGCUUUAAUGGAUACAGAUGGCUCAGGGAAGAUAAAUUUCGAUGAGUUUCGACAUCUCUGGGACAAGAUUAAAAGCUGGCAGAAAAUUUUCAAGCGUUAUGACACGGAUCAUUCAGGAACCAUUAACAGCUAUGAGAUGCGCAAUGCCGUCAAUGAUGCAGGUUUUCGGCUGAACAACCAGCUCUACGACAUCAUCACCAUGCGCUACGCCGACAAGAACAUGAACAUCGACUUCGACAGCUUCAUCUGCUGCUUCGUACGCCUGGACGCCAUGUUCAGGGCAUUCCACGCCUUUGAUAAAGACGGAGAUGGAAUCAUUAAGCUCAAUGUCCUAGAGUGGCUGCAGCUCACGAUGUAUGCGUAA